AUGGAAAACAUGGAACCAAGACUUAAGCAGGCCCUCUAUUUUCGCUGUGAAAGGGGACUCGACUGGGUUCCUGUGUGCCAGAAGUGUGAAACCUGUGUCUUAGCCUGGAAGAUCUUUGCCACCAAAGAGUGGUUCCGGAGGGUCAGCGACAUAUCCCAGAGGAGGUUUCUAGUUAGCAUCCUGGGGCAGUUAAAUAGCCUGUAUUUGUUACACUACUUCCAGAAUAUCCUACAGACCACCCAGGGGAAGGACUUCAUCUAUAACAGGUCUCGGAUCAAAUUUAGCAGGAAGGAGGGGAAGGAGGAGAAGGUUGUGAAGUCCUCCUUGAACCAGAUGUUGGAUAAAACAGUGGAGCAGAAGAUGAAGGAGAUCCUGUACUGGUUUGGCAACAGCACCCAUCGGACUAAGGCCAAUUACACCCUCCUGCUGCUGCAGAUGUGUGACUCAAAGUUACUGCUUACUGCCGCCGACGCAAUCAGAGUCAUGUUCGUCAAAGAGUGGAACAAUAUCUCAGGCCUCAAACAAGACUCCAACGAUAUAAUGUUUUUCCCCGAGAAAAGCUACAACCCUGCAUCUGAGACUUCAUAUGUCUAUUGGGCAGCUAGACCCAAACCCAUGUCGUUCCCUAUGUCCAGACCUUCGCGCAAUAAAAUGGGGGCUGAAAAGGAGAAAGACGCUACUACUGAGGGAAAAGGGAAGAGUUCGCUCCAGUGUAUUUCCGAGAUGAAUAAACAGAUUUCUGGAAAAGCGGGCGCAUCCAGGCUGGGAGACGAUCCGUGCAACUUGCUGCUGAGCCUGGAUGAGGUUCAAGUCCUGUCUUCUGGGUCCAGCAAAUAUCGGGACUUUAUCCGUUACCUGCCCCUCCACCUCUCCAAGUACAUUCUAAAAAUGCUGGAUAAGAACAGUCUGAACAAGUGUAUCUUUGUGAGCCAGCACUGGGCCGCUCUGAUCCAGCAGGUCAAGGUAGACCUGUCCAUGCACUCCUUCAUCCAGAACCAGAUUACUCUCCUGCAGGGGUCCUACACAAGGGGAAUAGAUCCUAAUUAUGCCAGCAAAGUCUCUAUCCCAGUCCCUAAAAUAGCAGAUGACGGGAAGCGCGCGCGAUCAAAAAGUCAGAAGUGGAAACUGAGAACAAAGAAUGAUUACAACUUGUGGACUGCAUACCAGAACCAGGAAACUCAGAUGGUGCAGAUGGAGGAGAGGAACGUUUUCUGCGGCACCUACAACAUCCGCAUUCUCUCUGACACGAAGGACCAAAACAGGAUCAUCCACUAUAGUGGGGGAGAUCUAAUGGCCGUAUCAUCCAAUCGGAAGAUCCACCUUCUGAACGUCAUGCAGGUCAAGGAGAUGCCCAUCGAGUUCCGAGGCCAUGCGGGCAGUGUCAAGGCUCUUUUCCUGUCUGAUGAGGACAACACCCUCUUCAGUGGGAGUUACGACCUGAGUAUCAGAUACUGGGAUGUGACAACUGGGGCUUGCAUCCGAAUCUUCUAUGGCCACCAGGGGACAAUCACUUGCCUGGAUUUAUAUAAGAACAGGCUUGUAUCUGGAGCAAAAGACGCACAGGUGAAAGAAUGGGACAUAGACACGGGGAAGUGCCUGAAGACAUUUAAACACAAAGAUCCCAUCUUGGCUGCCAGGAUCAGCGAGACCUACAUCGUGAGCAGCUGUGAGAAAGGCAUAGUCAAGGUGUGGCACAUUGCCACAGCUCAGCUGCUGAAGACUCUCACGGGACACGAGGGAGCCGUAAAGUGCCUGUUCUUUAACGAGUGGCAUCUCGUCUCUGGAGGUGCCGAUGGCCUGGUCAUGGCCUGGAGCAUGGUGGGAAAGUACGAGCGGUGCCUGAUGGCCUUCAAGCAUCCUAAAGAGGUGCUGCAGGUGUCUCUUCUCUACCUCCGGGUCAUCAGUGCCUGCGGAGACGGCAAGAUUCGCAUUUAUAAUUUUCUCAAUGGGAACUGUCUGAAGGUGAUAAAAGUCGAUGCCAGAGGUGACCCUGUGCUAACCUUCUUUUAUCAGGGCAACAGGUGGGUGGUAGGUAGGAUGGUGGUCCAGACGGACAGCAAUAUCCUCAUGUUCCAGUUUGAAAACGUAAAAUGGCAGUAUAACGCGGACAAAGGCAAAACAAAGAAGAACAAGGAUAAGGAGGAGGAGAGGGAAGAAAUCAGCCUUGGGAAUAUGUAUUCCAAGUCCAGCACGCAGAUCCAAAGCCUGAGAGAAUCUAUGUCCAGUAAACAGGAAUUGUCAUUAAAUAAACCUCAGAAGGCCCGAAUCCAUCCAAAGUUAAACAAGCUACCUUCAGCAGAUGAUAUGGAAAGUCCUGUAGAGGAAAUCAGACAUCCAAUGAAAAAGUUCUGGAAAGUCCCCAUGACCCCUGACCGAUUCCUUCUGACUGUCAAUGCUUUGCAACAAGCCCACAAUUCUGAAGAAUUUGCGUAUCCCCACCGACCCCAAACUGCAAUCAUUGAUGCCUGGGGACCUUCAAUUCCAUAUCCAAGGAAAGUCCUAAGUUUCAAAGGAAAAUCAGUCCAACAUGCAGUUGAUCAGCUGCGAUCCAGCAACCUUCCUACCGAUGUGAAACAAACCAACAUUCCCCUUGAAAUCCAGAAACUGCAGCCCAACUUGAAACAAUCCCUGCAUAGCCCCAGAGUCCAGUCCACCAUACCCCAGCCCAGACUGAUCCGUACUAGAGUGUCUGAGAGUUUAAGGGGUGAAGAGCAGAUGACCAGUUCAAUUGAUGGGACGAAGCGCCGUGCUGGACCCCUGACCAGCAUGCAGGUCAUUAAACCAAACAGAAUGCUCGCUCCUCGAGGUGGCACGACUACCCUGACUCUCAAGAAAGAACGGCCACGUUUCUACACAACCCUGGAUCCUCUUAGAAUGAACACCGGGUUCAUGCUGUUGACUGUGAAGGAGGAAAAAGAAUAUGGAGAAGCCAAGAUGAAGGAAUAUCAAGCCAGUGAAUCCACUAAAGUAGUCGACCCAGGUAAAGCCAGCAAAGCUGCGUGGAUUCGUAAGAUCAAAGGCCUGCCUAUUGAUAAUUUCAUGAAGCAAGGGAAAACAGCGGCCCCUGAACUUGGACAAAAUGUAUUUAUCUAA